CCAAGGAAAUGUGAUUAAUCUGCCAAGUAAUAGAUUUGCAGAACAAAACAUGUAUUUUGACCCUUUGGCUGCAAAAAUUGUGUUUGAUUCAAAACUCAAUAUCACUCUCAUUCCACUUGCCGCACAGCGUCAAUUAAGUUCAUGGGAGGAAAUGGGACGGGCUAUUGCUCCUCAAGAAACACCUGAAGCACAAUUCACUAGAAAUCUAUUGUCAAGACUCCUCCACUCCAAGUUAAUUAAUCAACACAUGGAAACAUUUAUUGGAGAGAUAGUAGGCUCAGUGCUUAUUGCAGGUGACAUCUCCACCUUGAAACCAACAUUUGACAUUAAGAAAAUCAAAGUAAUCGCAGAAGGUGA